AUCAAGAUAUACACCUAAUCAAAACAUUAAGUUGUUCACGAGUAGUUUUAAAGACAGUUUCACUGCAUUUAUGUUGGUCGUGAACUAUCAAAAAAAGUUGUAGAAACCAGAAAAAUAUAAUACAGUUUGUUAAAAUUAAAUAGUAUUAGUAUAUAAAACGUGUUAAACGUAUCGACCAGCAUACAAAUCGUAUCGCAAUGACCAGUACAAGUAAAGUCGAUCCAUUUACCCAGAAACUUUUGGAAAGAACUCAAGCACGCAAAGAUGCAAGAAAUAAGUUGCAAUCUACUGGUAUUGCACAAAGGAGUCCUUUAAAAAGCAUUCAAAAUGAAAUUAUUCAGAAAGAGUUAGAAACUUCUGAAAAAUUAACCAAAAAAAGACCAUCUUCUGAGGGUUUUGAUUCAAGUUUUGAAAAGAAAUCAAAAAACAAUGAAGAAGACUCUCAAACAAAAGUAGUUGCAUCAUCUUUAAAGAAACGUCUUGCACAUUUGAAUGAUGACCUUAAUGAGCGCAAUCAAAUUGAUUCACAAGAAAAACAACGUGAAGAUGAAAUAGAACAGCUGAGAAAUCAGAGAAAUAAAGAAAGGUUAAAGCAACAAGAAGAAGAACGUGCAAGGAAAAUUCAAGAGCGGAUUUUUGGAAAAAAUCAAAUUUCAAAGGUGGGUACUUCCACAAUAAAUAAACCAUUAGCAAAAGAAUCAGAACAUCAGAAUUCAUCCCAUACUAAGAGUAAAGUUGUACAAACUGCUCAAUCAGCCAUAAAAAUAACUGAAACAGAUAAACCUAAGCCUUCAACACAAAAGCUAAAUAUUCAAAGUAGUAAAGAAAGUGUUCAAAAAGAUAUUGAAAUUGCUUCUGUUGGAGAUAAGAAAAAUAUAUUUGAAGAAAAAAUGAAAGAAGAAAGAUUGGCAAGAGAAAAGGAACUUGAAACUGAGAGAAAAUUGAAACAAAAAGCAUUAAAGACUGCUUCAAUGGAAGUGCCUGAUAAUGUUUCUAAAAAAGUUAGUGAGAAUUUAGAUAGUGGUGUCAAAAAAGAUAUUACUUCUAAAGUUAACACAAAACAUAGUACUGAUGAAUUAAAAGAGACUACUUCUAAAGUUAACACAAAACAUAGUACUGAUGAAUUAAAAAUGAAUAAUAAAAAUGAAGCAAACAUAAAGAAUUCAACUGAUGUGUUUGAUGUUCUUCACAAACAACUUUUAGCAUUUGAUACUCCCCCUAAACCUGUUGUUCAAAAGAUUGAGCCCUCCAACAAUUUAAAUAAGGAAGUUCACGAAGUUAGUGAAUAUUCUAAAAAUUUUACUGGAGAUAUAAAUUCUCCGCAACCUAUUGAUUGCACUGAUGAUACUCAAGUUACUGAUUAUUCAUUACCAUCAAAAACUAUUACAGAGUUAUCUGACACUAAGGCUUUUGAUAUAUCAGGAAUUUUACAAGCAGCAAAUGAAAAUAAGAUUGAUCAAACACGCAACGAAAAAAUGCCAUAUCGUUCCUCAACAAUGAAGUCUCAGUUGUCAGGAGCUCCGGUUAUGCAUCCUCUCAUUAAUGAUAUUGACCUUACUCCAGUGAAAUUUGAGGAGGAAGAUGAGCCUUCUGAGUUUGCAAAACAGUUGCAGUUAAAAAAAGAAUCCAUUCUGUCAGGAAAAGAAAAGAAUAUUAAGUUACAAGAUGAUGAGAAAAAAUUCACUCCAGUUAAACCUCCUAGGCUUCCACCUACAUAUUCAGAGUUUCUUUCAACAAAACCAACAGAGUUAAAUGAGCAUGACAAAGAAAAUGAUGAAAACAUACCAAAACAUUCAAAGCACAAUGCUAAGAAGAUAAGGCGAUCUGCAAGUUUUUCUAACUGUCAGAUGUCUCCUACAAAGCAGCCAGGUUACAUGAUGUCUCCUACAAAACAGUCAGGUUACAACAAACAAGAGAGUUCUAAGUUUAAUGCAUUGUCAUCUUUUGACAAGCCUGAUAAAGAAUUCUCUAAAAAAGAUAAGAUACAGAGUCUUCUUGAGGAGGCAGCUUACCAACAAAAUAUAGUCUUACAAACAUCACAAGCUUUGAAUGUAGCUGAAAGUAGUAAUGAAGACAAACGGGCUUCUCCUGAGGUUAUUGAAGGAGAAAGACUUCUUUUACUAGCAACUGAAAAAAGAACUGCAUGCCUUGAAGAAGUGCGUCAAUUAAAAGAAGUUCCUGAAGACACUGAAACUUCACAUGCCAAAAAUUUACCAUGCAAUGCAUCAGUUGCUUUAACUGAUAUAAAGUUACCUCUUCAUCCUGAUUUCCUUGCUGCUUUAAGAAAUGGAAAAAUGGAUCUUGGAACCUUUCACUUUGUGGUAAUAGCAUCAUGCGGAAGUCGUAAUGUUUUUUCUACAAAAGUUGUGUCCUGUUUUGAUGCAACUGAAGGAUCUGCACUUCUUUUAAAUAGCAAUAUACUUUUAACAAAUGUGCCACACAAUUUUACAAUAAUGGUCCGUGUUUUUGGAUUGCACAUUAAGAAAAAUAGUGAUCCAACCACCAAAGUCAAAAAAUUACAUUCAUCAAAUCAAUCUUCACCAGGAAAUUUAAAAAGUUUAUUUGGGAAAAAAAGUAAAGAAGAAGAAUAUUCAAAUUAUGCUUCACCGCAAACAGUAUUUAGGACAAGUAAUUUUAAACUAGUUGGGGAGACCAAAAUAAGUCUAGAAAUGCUUGGAAAUGGUGGAAAAUAUUUACUAUUAAAGGUUCCAAGUAAUUGUCCACUUGAAGGUACACUCAAUAUGAGAAUAGGAUGUAAACCAGAAUUUACUGCCAAAGCUACAGGUUUUCUUACCAUUUUAGAGGAUGUUGGUGGUUACACAGCAUGGAAUCGUAGAUGGUGCAGUUUAAAAGACAGCAAGAUAUGUUACUGGAAAUAUCCUGAUGACCAGGAAUCUAAGGAACCUAUUGGAAGUAUUGACCUGCGUUAUUGUAUAUCAAAAUCUAUUGGUUUACUUUCACGAGAUAAAUGUGCUCGCCCACAGACAUUUGAAUUAGAGUUAAAGCGCUCUCUUCAAAGUGGUGAUGAACCAAAUUUAAUUAUAUCUAUUUGUGGAAAAAAUGUGUAUACAAAGUAUUGGAUAUCAGCUGAUAAUAAAGAUGACCGCGUUGUUUGGAUGGAAACAAUUAACAAACAUUUAAGUGAUUCUCGCGCUUGGUUGUCCCGAAAGUCUAGUAAAAGUAUUAAAGACAAAGACAAACCUGUCCCGGUUUAAAAAUAAACUAUUUUUACACUUCGCGUGUAGUAAUCAGUCAGAAAUUAGUCUGUAAGGAUACUUGCUGACUAAUACCAACAUUGUUGCUUGGUUUCACGAAGUGACAUAAUCAUUCAAUAAAAAGUCAAAAAAGGCAAUAAGGUAUAAUGUGCGCAUUAAGUUACAACGUGCAUCAAUUGUAUUUUACAGAACUGGCUGGUUGUAUUAAGCAAAACUUUUUAUUUCGAACCGCUUCUUGAAGUUCGAUUAAUUUAAUAUUUGUUUUGUAUCUUUUCACGAAUUUUUUUUUAAUGUUUAGAACCACUAUUUGUAAAUAAACUUUUUUCUCAUAUGGUCUUUUUGUUUUAUGAAAAUUUCAUAAAUCUGAUAUUU